AUGAGAUGGUGCAUCAUACUUCUCAAUGAUGAGGGUGUUAGAUUCAUUGAGGCAUAUGUCGAUGGCCCUCUUGAUCAAGCAUUGCUCCUUAAACCUUCAGCAAAUUUGCUAAGCCUUCACCCUAGGGUUUUCCCUGGAGCCCCUGAAGAUAUCUUGGGAGAGAAAGACUCAUUAUCUGAAGAAGUAGUCGAGUUGCUCCAAGUUCAGCUCACAAGGUUCACAUGUGGCUCAUUGGUGGUGGGCUUCACCAGUCACCACCUUGUUGCUGACGGGCAUUCCACUGGCAACUUCUUGGUUGCAUGGGGCCAAGCUUGUCGAGGACUCGAAAUUAGUCCGCUCCCUUUGCAUGAUCGUACCAUAUUCACUCCUAGAAACCCUCCUAUCUUUGAGUUUGAGCACAAAGGAGUCGAAUAUAUAAGCUUGAAAACCCAUAAUCUUAAGUACAACAGUGUGGACAACAUUGAAGUCCACAAAGUUCACUACACAGUAGAGUUUCUUGCAAAGAUCAAGGACAAGGCUUCUUCAAUGAAUGGAAACAACAAUAAACCAUUCAGCACAUUCGAAAGCCUAGUUGCACAUCUUCGGAGAGCCAUAACCAAGUCCCGAUGCCUCAAUGAACAUGAAACCUCCCAAAUACGUAUCUCGAUUGAUGGCCGACAGAGGCUGAACCCUAAAAUCUCGAAUGAUUACUUUGGGAACUUGGUUCUUUGGGCAUUCCCGAGUGCAAAAGUGAAAACCCUUCUUCAAGAACCCUUAUUCUAUGCAGCAAAACUCAUUCAUGAUGCAAUUACAAAGGUAAACAACAACUAUUUUAGAUCAUUUAUCGACUUCGCAAAUUUUAAGGUAAAGGAAGAAAAUCUGAUAACAACAGCAGACAUGACAAAAACUAUAUUGUGCCCUGAUUUGGAGGUGGAUAGUUGGUUAAGGUUUCCAUUUUAUGGAACUUGA